AUGGCCAUUGAAUUACCAUUUGAGAUCCCAAAGAAUAAUCCAGUAUAUGAAACAUAUAGUAAAGUAUGUGUUACAUAUCAAGAAUAUAUUGAUCGUAUAGUCCCACAUACAAUUGAAAGAUGGAUUGGAUUUGGUGUAUUAUUAUGUGUAUUUUUAAUUAGAAUCUUCAUUGGACAAGGAUGGUAUAUAAUCUGUUACGCUUUGGGCAUAUAUCUAUUAAAUUUAUUCUUAGCAUUCUUGACACCAAAAUUUGAUCCUUCAUUAGAACAGGAAAUGAAAAAUGAAUCAAUUGAAGAAGGAAUACAAGAUGAUGAAGGUGAGGGGGGUUCUGGAAAGGAUGGGGAUGAGUUUAGACCUUUUAUUAGAAGAUUGCCUGAGUUUAAGUUUUGGUAUAAUGCUACAAGAGCUACCUUUUUAGGGUUGGUAUUAUCAAUAUUUGAAAUCACCGAUAUUCCAGUAUUUUGGCCAAUACUUUUAAUGUAUUUUAUUAUUUUGUUUACUUUAACUAUGAGAAAACAAAUUCAACAUAUGAUUAAAUAUAAAUACUUACCAUUUGAUUUGGGAAAGACAAGAUAUAGAAGAACUGCUGUUUAA